GAAGAAGACAGUGAAGAUCAUAACAUGAGCUCAGAGCUACUUGACAAGAAGGACGAUACUCUAAACGACGUUCACGAUGGCGAUCAAAGUGGUGAACACGCCAAGAUGCCCGAGCAAGUGGUGUUCGAGAAAGUUAAGAGCAACGGCAGCGUAGUGAGGAAACAAGUCCCCGUGUUUCGCGACGUGUACUUUGUGUUUAUGGGGUACGGCCACAGCGAAGAAGAUCAACCGGGAUUUGUUGAAGAUAUCCAGAUGCUACUACGAGAUGACGACUUGCUAAUGUUCAACGAGAUCGUUGCUGAAGAGCAAUUGACGGACAACAAUGUUGCUCUCACACUGUGA